AUGAAGGUCUGCAAUCUCCUAGGGGCUUAUGCCUUUGAUAGAGGAAUGCUGAUCAGCAUGAUCCCGUGGGAAUCAUCAAUGAUAGGUAAAUAUCCUGGAGCUUAUGUCUUACCUCCUUGUCAUGGAUUAGAAAACAAGAGACCUGUCACGGGUCUGAAUUUCACCUCCUUAUAUCCAAGUAUAAUCAUGGCCUACAAUCUAUCGCCAGAAAAAAUUAUUACAGAUCCUUGCCAACUUUCCGCUUUAUCUUGGGAGAAAUACGAUACUCAUCAUAUUGACUUUGCACUUAAUGGCCAAAAAAUAGAGGGCUGGGUUAUUCGUCACGAUGAUAUAGAGAAAAAUAUGGGAUUAUAUCCUAGAGUCCUAAUAGAUUUAUUUCAGAAAAGAGCUAAAGUUAAAGCUCAGUUUAAUGCCCUGGCAAAAAUGAAGGAACAAAUUGAGUUAUUACAGAGCAGGGCCUCCUUGCAUAAUAUCUCUCUAGAAGAUGCAUUAUUUCGGCUUCUAGAUGAAAAGGAAAAGGAAGUUCAGAAUAUUGAAACUCAUCUAUCCGGAGCUUUGAAUCAUUUGUAUGAAAACAAUUCUGCUGAUGAACUUUCCUUCAGAAAGAAAAAAUUGCUUGAGCUUGUUUAUGGAUGGAAAUACCUUUUACAGCGCCAUGUCGUGAGUGGAUAUAUGUGUGCUAAUUUCAAACAGAGUGCUCUCAAAAUUUAUAUGAAUACGUUUUAUGGGGAAGCUGGUAAUAGUAUUUCUCCCUUCUUCUUUCUGCACCUUGCCAGAGGUGUUACUUCUGCUGGACAGGAUAAUCUUAAAGACGUUGCAAGUUACGUUGGUAAGUUAGGCUUUGGUAUAAAAUAUGGUGAUACUGAUUCUCUUUAUCUUACCUGUCCUCAUGAAAUAUUCAAAGAAUGCGAUGCUAUGUUUGGUUCCAAUGCCCUUUCAAAACUGGAAUACUGGAAUGAAAUGGUAAGGAUCACUAUGCAGGCAAUGGAUGAUUUACGUAAUAAGGUUAAUAUUUAUCUGAUUGAAAAAAGUAAGUCCACUUUCCUUAAAAUGGCCUACGAGGAGGUCCUUUUCCCUGUAGUUUUUACAGGUAAGAAGAAAUAUUUUGGUAUGCCACAUGAACAUUUUCCAAAUUUCCAUUCUAAUAAGCUCUUUAUCAAAGGUAUAGAUAUUGUGAAACAGGGUCGUUCUAAGCUCUUUAAAGAUAUUGGGGAUGAUAUUAUGCGUAAAGCUUUAUCUAUAAAGAAUGAAACGUCCUUACUUGAUAUUGUACAAAAUGUUUUAGCAAAUGCUAUUAAUAGCACAGAUUGGAACUUUGAUGAUUUCAUUCAGACAGAUGCAUGA